GAUCGAUCGCCAGCCAGAUUCCAGAUCGACAACAAACGACAUCUGAGCGAUAGUCUUCUGAGCGAUAGUCUUCUGAGCGAUAGUCUUCUGAGCAAGAGCCUUCUGACCGAUCGACUUCUCACAAGCCGCCGAGCCACGUUUCCGGAGCUGCACCCGCAUCCUUUACAAGCCAUGAAUGCCCUGAUAUCCAAAUCGACCCUGCGGACAACCAUCUCGCGCCGUUCGCUCCCAAUCGUCGUCCCGAGCCGAUCGGCCUCGAACCGGCCCACGCCCAACGGCACCGUGGGCAAGAACCCGUAUCUCUUCCGCCAGACGAUCGUGCACUCGGACGGAAGCACCAUCAACUUCAAAUCCACCUCGCCAAAGGUCCUGAUCAAGAUGACCAAGGAUGUGCGAAACCACCCGCUGUGGAACCCGGCCCUCAAUGUCCUGGACGACCAGAGCGGCGAGAUCUCCAAGUUCAAGAAGAAGUUUGGCGAUCUGGAGUUUGACACGAUGGGAGACGAUGCCCUUGGCGGAUUCGUUGAGGUGCAGGUGGCAAAGAAGCCUGCCAAGGCCGCCCCCGAGGCCGCUGCCCCGCCGGCGCAGAACGAGAAGAAGAAGAAAAAGUAGAGCAGCACCGACCCAACCCACUCAUCGUGCCCCGAUCCCUCCGCCCACUUUCUCCGUACUCAAGAAUAAAGGACGCCUAAUCGACGCAUGGCAAAGUCACGGACCUGUAUGCCGUUCUUUUGCGACGGAGAGGGGUGCAGACUCAAGGACGGCCGGGCCUGACAACUCGACCGACGCC